UGGAGACAGCUGACCGGCGGCGGCAGGCGUGGGAGCUUCGAAGAUGGCGGCCACCACGGCGCUGAUCCUGCCGGAGAGCCCCAGCAUGAAAAAAGCAGUGUCGCUGAUAAAUGCAAUAGAUAUAGGAAGAUUUCCACGAUUGCUCACCCGAAUUCUUCAAAAACUUCACCUGAAGCUCGAGACGGUCGGAUGGCAGCUUAACCUUCAGAUGGCUCACUCUGCUCAAGCGAAACUGAAAUCUCCUCAGGCUGUAUUACAGCUAGGAGUGAGCAAUGAAGAUUCAAAGAGCGUGGAGAAAGUUCUUGUGGAAUUCAGUCACAAGGAAUUGUUUGAUUUCUAUAACAAGCUGGAGACCAUACAAGCGCAGCUGGAUUCCCUCACAUGAUGUUCCUGAAGACUGGCUUCUCCAUCACACUCCUGCCACCUCAUCAUUCUGCACUGACGAUGGGCCGCCAGGUUAUGUUUUCCGAAGGAUUCAGUAGCUUUCUUCUUGUAAACGACGGGGCUUACCGCUUCUUAGAGAAAUAACAGCCAAGGGAGAUCAUUGUUUCGAGAGCUUCUAAUACCCAUUCUCUCCUUCUGUGAGCCAACGGCAAACAAUUGUAAAGAAUGCUUUCGCUUAAAAGGAAACAGUAAAUACCAUAUUGUUAUUAUUGUCUUGUUUUUGCUUUAUUGCCUGACCUGUUCAUUUUUUACGUAUUUGAUGACACCUUUAUGUAUCAAGGAGGCUCCCUGGAUACAAGGGAUAAUGUGUACCUUAGAAUACAAAACUCCGGUAAUUACCUUAUUAAAGCAAGAAAGCAACCAAAUGGCAAUCAGAUACUCUAUUUUUCCUUGAGUAUAAUGAUGUUUCGCUUGGGAAAUAACAUAGGAAAGAAAUUUAAAAGAGAGAUGGUAGUAGUGUAUCAGUUAAUUCCAGUGUGAGCUUCUCAGUGCACUUUAAUUUUUUUGUCUGAGUGUAAUGAUCUAAUAAUAGUCCAGGUUUCUGUGUGCUUUUCUUUGUGCUGCAAAUUAAUAAUGAUUCACUUCAUAGUAAGAGAGAGAUUCAGAUCAUAAAUAAAAAUAAUUGUCCUGAGUGCUAAGUCAUUAUCCUUAAAAUUUCAAAACAGAUACCUUUUACAUUUUCUUUCUAUAAAUAUGUUAAUUAAUUGUAGUCAAUAAAAUGUUUAUGUUUUAGAAUUAGGUGAACUGAAGUACACAGUAUUUUAUGCUGUGACUAUAUAUAAACGUGAGUAUGGUUGCCUAUAAAAAAAUAUUACCAGUUGGAUUUUUAUGAAUGAAAUAUUUGUUCUCUAUAGUUUCCACAGAGAGAAACAGAGCCGGUAGGAGUGGGGAGUUGGGAGGGGAGAAAUUGAGGGUGACAUAGACAUUGAUUUGAGUCAAAUGUGACUUUAUUCAUAUGGAGGAAUUUGAUCUCAGAAAGGUCCUAUGGUUAAACAAACAGCCAUUGAAAUUAAAUCACAGUCCUUUUAUGAGGUAUCUGCUUUGAAGGUCUCUCAAAUAAAUGUUCAGUGUAUGGAGUUUA